CAGUCUCAAAGCGGUGCAGUCAGCAGUAAUAACGUGACUCAAUCUGAAAUAUUCGGAUUCUGUUCAAAAAUAAAUUUCAAGUGUUGUGUGCAUUUUUGAAAAAAGGAGACAGCCGCACAAUGAUGAUGACAAACCGAUGUGCUUGCUUCGCCUUGGCUUUGCUGCUCUUCUGCUUUUUGGCCAUCUCGAGCAUUGAGGCAGCUCCGAUGCCCAGGUACCAAUCCAACGGCGGAGGAUAUGGCGACAACUAUAACGAACUGGAGGAGGUUCCCGACGACCUUCUGAUGGCGCUGAUGACUCGCUUUGGACGCACCAUAAUACGGGCUCGAAACGAUCUGGAGAACUCGAAGCGAACCGUGGACUUUGGCUUGGCCCGGGGAUACUCGGGAACCCAGGAGGCGAAACACCGCAUGGGUCUGGCUGCGGCCAACUUUGCCGGAGGACCCGGGCGAAGGCGGCGAUCGGAGACCGAUGUCUAAGUCGAACCCUGUGGACGUUAAGGACGAGUGUCAACUUCUCAACUUAAACUUGACCCAUUCUUAAUCUCUUUCUACUCAAUCUUCAUUUGGAUUAUGUUAGAUUGUUUGUUAUUCAUUGUACAUAUAUAUUUAUUAUGAUCUGCUCUCAUGUAUUCAUUCCUUGCAAGUGUUUUGAAGUAUUAUGGAAAAGAAAAUAUUCGACAGAUAUCGAGAUUAUAUAUACCAAAGGCAAGCACCCAAAUAAAAACGUUAAACUGUUGCUCCGAAAGGAUAUGUUGAACACUGUUUAUGAACAUUUUUAUCUCAGAUUUAACUCAGUUUGAAUUGCUCGUCGUAACCCACAAAAAAAGAAUCAACAAAAAAAGAAGAAAAGAAGGGAGAAAUUUAAAUAAAUAUCUUAAAUAUAUAUUCAAGUGUAUGCAAAAUCGCGCAAAAAAUCUUUAACUAGGUAUGUCCUAACGAAACAUAAAAGCUACACGAAAACACAUUUAUGCAACACAUUUUGGCCCCCAAAAGAAGCCACUAAAUGCCCCAACGAAACUGAAAGUUUAUUUCACCCAGAGCCGAAUAAUCUCUCGCGACUUUUAAGUAUUGUAAAUAUAAACUAUUUAAACACACACGUACAACUGAAACGAUACAAAUAUAUACAUAUAUAUACAUACGGAAUUCUACUUGCAUAUAUUUAACAAUUAUUGUGUCUAUGAAAAAUGCUGCAAAAAUAUAAAUUACCGUGAGUCGGGACAAGAUCAAAUAAAAGUCUACAUUUUGAGAAACUUCA